AUGGACCCCCGAGCCAACGCACCCUCCUCUAUCGUCGAAUGGACUGAGGCGGAGAAGUACCAGAAUUCAUUUCUUAUUCACGAACAGGAUGACACUUUGGAGUUUAUUCUGCAGAACUCCAUCAACCACGGUCUUCCUUCUCAUAUGCCAGUCAGCGCUGGUGAGGGCAAAUUCUUGAACCUGUUGAUCAAAUGUUUGGGGGUGAAACGGGUGCUGGAGGUUGGCACUCUCGGAGGCUACUCCGCAAUUUGGAUGGCUAGAGCUAUACCGGAAGAUGGAAAGCUUGUGACUUUGGAGUUGAGUGAAACCUACGCCCAGGUCGCGAAAGAAAACAUUACACAAGCCGGGUUCGGAGACAAGUGCCAAAUCAUCGUUGGCCCUGCAGAUGAGACGAUGACGAACCUCCACCCCGACAUUCCAUUCGAUAUGGUGUUCAUCGACGCCGACAAGAAAUCAUACCCCAAGUAUUUCCGUGAAGCCAAACGUCUCGUAAAAAAGGGGGGUGUGAUUAUUGUCGACAAUGUGAUACGUUAUGGAAAUGUUCAUGACAAAAGCGUCAACGACGAGAACACGGUUGGUAUCAGGAAGCUUUUGGCAGACUUGAAGGAAGAUAGCCGUAAGGGAGAAAUUGAAGCCACGACUAUCCCUACUGUCGGUGAAAAGGGGUUCGACGGCUUUUUGUACGCUAUUAAAAAGUAA